UUAUAUACAAUCUAGUUAAUUUUACUACAGAGAAAUCAUGUCUCACAUUGCUGUGGAGAGGAACAGGAGAAGACAGAUGAAUGAACAUCUUCAAGUUCUACGCUCUUUGACCCCUUGUUUCUACAUUAAAAGGGGAGAUCAAGCAUCCAUCAUAGGAGGAGUGAUAGAAUUCAUCAAGGAGUUGCACCAGGUUCUUCACUCCCUGGAAUCGAAAAAACGGAGGAUGAGUCUGAGCCCUAGCCCUGCUCCUAGUCCAAGAGUACCGCUCCAGCUUAUCAGUACUCCUCCUUCAGAAUGUAACUCAUUGAUCAGAAACACUAUUCACAAUGAAAAUGUGAAAGAGCUCGGAGCAUGCUGCAAUUCUGUGGCAGCUAAUGUUGAGGCGAAGAUCUCGGGUUCAAACGUUGUUCUGAAAACUGUUUCGCAGAGGAUUCCAGGACAGAUAGUGAAGAUCAUCAAUGUGCUGGAAACUCAUUUUUUUGAGGUUCUUCAUUUGAAUAUCAGUAGCAUGGAAGACACUGUUCUCUACUCCUUUGUUAUUAAGAUAGGGCUGGAAUGUCAGCUAAGUGUGGAGGAAUUAGCAGCUGAGGUCCAGAAAAGCUUCUGCUCUGACAAAGUUUAAUUACGUCAAGGAGAUGUACCAUAUAUAAAUCAGAUUUAUAGUAGCUACUUCCUGUUGUGUAAUAGCAGAAUUUUACAUUUGAAAA